CGCCCGCCUCUAUCUGCUGCUGGCUUCCGUGUGCAGGGGUCUCUCGUCGGGCUCCCAGGAGUUGCGCUACCCGCCUCAGCGAAUAGCUUCUUAGUGAAAGACUUGCAGUGCCAUCCCAAGCAGAAGUAUCCCCGUCUAAGCCUAUUGCUAGCGUGCGUCAUGGCCUCCGAAUCAUUGAAAGAAGGAAAAGCAGGUGCCCUUUAAGGGAAGCGCGCUCUGCACAUGCUUAAAUACGCUCUGCCUUUAUAGUUUCAGCUGUGAUUGGAGCUGGCAUUGGGGGCACAUCCGCAGCCUAUUUUCUACGCCAGAAGUUUGGAAAAGAUGUCCUGAUUGAUGUAUUUGAAAGAGGAACUGUGGGUGGCCGUCUGGCUACCAUCAACCUGGAAGGAAAAGACUAUGAAGCAGGAGGAGCUGUCAUCCACCCUCUUAACUUACACAUGAAGCAUUUUGUCAAAGAAUUAGGACUUUCUGUUCCUAAAGGUCAAGGUGGCCUCAUGGGCAUUUACAAUGGAGAUGAGUUUGUCUUUGAAGAGAGUAGCUGGUACAUCUGGAAUUUUAUCAAGCUGCUCUGGCGCUAUGGACUGAAUUCUCUGCGAAUGUACAUGUGGGUAGAAGAAAUUCUGGACAAGUUUAUGAGGAUCUAUCGGUAUCAGGCUCAUGACUACGCCUUCAGCAGCAGUGAGGGUUUACUUCAUGCUCUCGGAGGGGCUGAAUUCCUUCAGAUGCUGAAUCAGACCAUUGAGGAAUCCAUGCAAAAGUCUGGCUUUUCUCAGAAGUUCAUCAAUGAGAUAGUUACUCCAGUCAUGAGAGUAAACUAUGGCCAAAGUGCCAGUAUCAAUGGCUUUGUAGGUGCUGUAUCUUUAGCAGGUACUGAUGGUGGACUUUGGGCAGUAGAAGGUGGCAACAAACUAGUAUGCACAGGCCUUCUGUAUGCUUCUAAAGCACAGCUGAUUUCUGGCACAGUCAUUUCUAUAGAAGAGAAGAUACAGCAAAAGGGACGUUCAGGUGGUACUGUGAAUCUUUAUGAAGUGACUUACAAUUCUACAUCUGGAUUAGCGAGAGAUGCAUACAACAUCAUACUGAUUGCAACCCCCUUGAACCGUAAGAUUGCCAAUAUAACGUUCCGCAACUUCAAUCCACCCAUUCCGGACUUCUCCAAUCCCUAUCAACAGACCGUAGCAACAUUUGUCCAUGGUCACAUCAAUGCCUCUUUCUUUGGCUACCAGGAUCCUUCCCAGUUCCAAUUAAAUGGCAUUUUCACAAUGGAGAAUCCCAAGUUGUUUAUAAAUAGCAUGGGCACUGUAUCUCCAGUUCAGGACCGAACAGCUGCAUUGAACCCAUUACUGGGCCCUCGAGUUUGGAAAAUUUUCUCACCCCAGCCUCUCACCAAAGAGCAAAUGAACUUGCUUUUCCUGUCUUAUGAUUCCACUAAAGCAAAAACGUGGCUAGCCUACCCGCAUUACAGCCCUCCAGAGAAAUGCCCACCCAUCAUCCUCCACAGUAGAAUGUACUACCUCAACAGCAUAGAAUGGGUUGCUAGCGCCAUGGAGAUGAGCACAGUUUCAGCCAAAAAUGCUGCUCUUCUAGCUUACCACCGCUGGUAUGAAAAGAUGGACAUGAUUGACCAGGAAGAUUUGCAUGAAAGACUCAAAACAGAGCUCUGAGUUGGAAGCCAUACUAUCAGAAAAAAAACUCUUUAUGGUGAAAAUUGCAAUGUUAUUUGAGACUGCAUACUCCCUUUCCCAAAGAAAAAAACUAGACUGUUUAAAGAACACUUGGUAACUGAAACACUUAAUAACUGAGUAUUUCAUGCUCUCACUAACAAAGAGGUAAGGAUCUCUAGGAAUAUUUCUUAACACAGGAAACCUGUCAUGACUAUAAUCAUGUCUUAUGUGGUGCCUAUCACCAUUGUUCUGCAUAAUGUUUUUAUACCCACUACAGAACACUGAAUAUAAUUAAGCCUCACUCUGUCAUAAAGUUGCUUAACUUUAAUCUCAUUUGGGCUACACAAAUAAAUGAAAUUAAGCACCUGUGUUAAUCUUAAA